GUGACAGGUGGCAGGCCUUCCCCUUCUUACUCCAUCCUCUGCCGACCUGCCUGCUUCCCUGACUCUUCCAUCCCUUUCUUCCUCAGGUCCAAGGUCCGAGUGAAGCCUCUGGACCCCACGUGUGGCACGUGGUUCGGGUCAAGCCUCUGGACCCCACGUGUGGCCCGUAGUGCGAGUACCCCUUCCCUUCUCAUUCCAUCCCUCCUCGACCUGCCUGCUUCCCUUACCCUUUCUUCCUUUCUUGCCCAGGUCCGGGUCAAGCCCCUGGACCCCACGUGUGACACGUGGUGCGAAUACCCUGUAGCUAGCCGCCCCUUUGCCAUCCAGCAGUGGCUGGAGUCGGGGGACGUGAAGGGCGAGUGGAUCUUCAUGAUCGAAACCGACUAUAUCUUUGUCAAGCCUGUAUCCAUCCCGCCGGCAGGCAGGGCGCUGGGGUUUCCCUUUGACUACAUCGCACCUCAAGACCCUGAACUCCGUCCCUUCAUGCGCAGGUAUUACCCGGAGCCAUACCGAAUCGAGGAAGUCCCGAGGACCGGCAAUGCCCCGACCAUCAUGCGAUAUGAUGACAUGAUGCAAGUGGUGCCCAUAUGGGUGAACGUGACAGCAGGCAUCGAAGGGAACGCGGAAAGCAAGGAGCGGUUCGGGUGGGUGCGGGAGAUGUAUGCUUUCUCCAUCUCCCUUGCGCUUGCAGGGGUGAAGAUUGACCUGCCGCCAAUGCCACAUGCCAUCAUGAGCCAGCCUCCAGCUGACAAGGUGGUGGGUGAUGCUGCUCUGCUGCACUACACGUGGGGCAGUCAGAUCAAGGACUGGAGUGGCAACGUGGCCUGGGAGUUUGACAAGCGCAAGUUCACAUACAUCAUUUAUUGCUCCCCUCUGUUGUCUUCUGCUCGCACGUGCCCACCUCCCUUCACUCCCAUGCUGCAGGACUGGAGUGGCAACGUGAUCUGGGAGUUUGACAAGCGCAAGUUCACAGACAGAGGGCUGCCAGACCCAGUGCCUGAACCGCCAGAGGGGAAGGCAUCGGAGUCCCAGAAGGUGCUGGUGUCGAAAGUCAACGAGGCCAUUAACCACCUGCCCAAAUACACGCUGCGAGAGCUGCGGGAGAUGGGGCGUAGCGAUGCAGAGAUUGGCGCCUAUGAGCGGGAGUGGCGGGCCAAGGGGUAUGCGGAGGGGACGAAAGGUGGGGCAGGAGGAGGAGGAGGAGGAGGAGGAGGAGGAGGAGGAGGAGGAGGAGGAGGAGGAGGAGGAGGAGGAGGAGGAGGAGGAGGAGGAGGAGGAGGAGGAGGAGGAGGAGGCGAGGGGGUGAAGCAGGAGCAGCAAGGGGGCGUGGGGCAAGCGGGGGGGGCGGGGCAAGUGAUAGGCGUGGCGCAAGGAGGAGGGGUGGUGGAAGGAGGAGGUGUAUUGGUGAGAGGAGGGGCGGUGGCACAGCAGGAGGUGGCGAAGCCGGCGGUGGUGCCUGGGGAGAUGGAGAAGGGGAGCAUUCAUGCGAUGGUCACUAGUAACGGCAAUGCUUACAUGAACUGGCAGACGCUGCUCAUGUUCCACACGUACAAGAAGGUGAGACGGAAGGAGGGGAGGGGGAGCGGGGAGGGGGGUGCAUUUGGUGUAAGGAAAGCGGGGUUUAUGGUGCAAGGAGGUGGGUUGGUGAGAGGAGGGACGGCGUCACAGCAGGAGGUGGCGAAGCCGGUGGUGGUGCCUGGGGAGGGGGAGAAGGGAAGCAUUCAUGCGAUGGUGGCAUCUGAGCCAGGCAGCAACCUGCGCUUCUUCACCCGAGUGCUGCAUCGCACCAAAGAUGACGAGCUCAUGCACCUCGUGCCCACUGUGCGAGUGCGACCACUGGAACCCAAGUGCGAUGACUGGUGCGAGUACCCAGUGGCUGAUCGCCCCUUCGCCAUCCAGCAGUGGCUGGAGUCGGGGGAUGUGAAGGGCGACUGGAUUUUUAUGAUAGAGACCGACUACCUUUUUGUCAAGCCCGUCGCCAUCCCCCCAACAGGGCGCGCUCUGGGCUUUCCGUUUGGCUACAUCAUCCCUACCUACCCCUCCAUCCACCACAUCAUGAUUCGCUACUAUCCCGGCGAUCUAAAGGACAUUCCUCAGACAGGCAACGCACCAGUUCUCGCUCCCACUGCUGCUCUUGCACGUGUGGUGCCGAUAUGGGUGGACAUCACAGCCCGGUUCGAGAAGGACGAAGAGGCAAAGAAGGACCUCGGGUGGGUGCGCGAGAUGUAUGCUUUUUCCAUUGCUGCUGCUCUCGGCAACAUGCCCAUCGACCUGCCCCUCGUGCCACAUGCUAUUAUGGUGCAGCCUCCAGCCGACUCUGUAUUGGGAGAUGCAGCCAUCAUUCAUUACACUUGGGGAUACGAGUUCAAGGAUGAAGCUGACAAGGUAGUGUGGCGAUUUGACAAGAGAGACUACACACAGCCUGGGCAAGUACCGCCAAUUCUUGCCGACCCACCGCAAGGGCGCAAAGCGGAUAGCGAAACGUCCACCAUUCUCGACUCCACGUUACCACCUUUCCUCGCCAGCCCAGAAAAGCGCCUUCGCAUUCCCGACAUUAGAUUUUCUGGCGUUAAGUAUUCGCCCUGCGCCACUCCCAGUUCAGUCUUUUCCUCCUUCGACGGGGAGUUUCAAGCCUUGCCUCCGCUGGCCCCGUCUUCCCCAACAAGCUCUCCCCUCACCUCUCCGCCGAUAUCCCCCCUCUCUUCCGGGACAGCCACAUCCGCUCUCACCUCUUCCUUCGCUCCCCGCGCAUCCCCCGCACCCGCCGCUUCCCCCGCCGAUUCCGCUGCCCCUGCGCUUCCCCGCCGCCUGAAGGGCGUGCGGCAGCGCAAGUGGGGGCGGUGGGUGACGGAGAUCCGCUGCCCGCGCACCAAGACGCGCGUGUGGCUGGGCUCCUACGCGACGGCGGAGGAAGCGGUGCGCGUAUACGACAUGGCGGCGCGGAUGAUUUUCGGCGAAGUUGCCUCGAAGGUCACUCUCAACGAGCCCGACGCGGCCCCGCGUCCCGUAACCGUUGCGAAGAGCAUUGCCGAGGCGCUAAUCAAGGUUGCGCGAGCCAGCAGCGGCAACGGCGACGCGACCGUUGACUUGUCCGCGUUUCGCGGAGAUAUGGCGUGUUUGGAGGUUGUCGGGCAGAACGUGGUGCGCAAACUCGAUAGCAAGACGUCUACCUUUAUGGACUCAACAUUACCGCCUUUCCUUCCCAACAGCCCGGAGAAGCGCGCUCGCAUUUCCGAGACUAGUUUCAAUGGCGUUUCAUCUGCGCCCUCCGUUACUCCCAAUUCAGUCCUUUCCACCUUCGACGGCGAGUUCCAGCCGACCAUGUUGACCGCGUUGACCGCGUCUCCCCAAACAACCUCUUCGCUUGCCUCUCCGCCGAUCUCCCCGCUCUCCUCCCCGGGUUACUCAUCCGCACUCGCGUGCUCCCCCGCUCACCCCUCGUCUCCCGCGCCCGUCGCUGCCCCCGCCGCUUUCCCCGCGCUCCCCCGCCGCCUCAAGGGCGUGCGGCAGCGCAAGUGGGGGCGGUGGGUGACGGAGAUCCGCUGCCCGCGCACCAAGACGCGCGUGUGGCUGGGCUCCUACGCGACGGCGGAGGAAGCGGUGCGCGUAUACGACAUGGCGGCGCGGAUGAUCUUCGGCGAAGAUUCCUCGACGGUCCCUCUCAACGCUCCCGACGCGGCCCCACGUCCCGUGACCGUCGCGAAGAGCAUCGCCGAGGCGCUCAUUAAAGUUGCGCGAGCCAACAGCGGCGAAGGCGAUACGACCGUUGACUUGUCCGCGUUCCGCGGCGACAUGGCGUGUUUGGAGGUUGUCGGGCAGAACGUGGUGGUGUCUGAAUGCCCUUUCGCGCCGCUCGCGCUGGAUGUGACGCCGAAUGGCCACGACGAGACUUGCCGUCUUCCCAAUUGUGAGACUUCCGCGUCAACGAGCGCUGAUUGCGAGAUUUAUCUGCAGAAGCAGUCUGACGCAGCGGCUAUUAGUACUAACGGAGUGGUUGAUAACGAGAAAUUAUCCGCUUCCGACGUCCCGUCCGCGCUCUCCCUCAUUGAGGAGCUUUUCAGCGACAGCUUCUGCGGCGUCCUAGCGACCCCUGCGACAAUGUCGCCCUCUGUCUGCGACCUGGGCGAUUUUGAGAUCCUCGAGAACGUCCCCGGCCUCUGGGGAGAAACCUUUUGA